GGUCGCAGGAAGUGGGCGGCGCCGGGCCUGCUGGCUGAGGCCGCCCCGAGACAGUUGUGCUGAUGAAGUGGUAGAGCUGGUUCCUGCUCGCCGCGGUGCCGCGCGCGCCGGCCGGCCGCUGGGCGCUCCGCGCUCCCAGCCUCGAGUUGUGCAAUCCUUUGUAGCACGCCAGAGAGUCCUCCUCCUUCGCUGUUGCCUCUCGCCCUCUCUCUCUCUCCCCCUUUUUUUUUUUCAAGCUGUGAGCUCAACCGAUGAGUCAGAGCCGUGCAAUCCUGACACUGCAUCGCAGGACUGGGGGUGACACGGAGGGAGGCAGAGCGCUCGCGAGGCGGACAGCACGGGUGCGGGGCUCGCCGAGGCUCCUGCAUCGCAAACGGGGGGUGACAGCCCGCGCGUCCCGCCCGGGCCCUGCCAGCAAACUUCCCAGCCUCGGGAGGCGCGGGCUGGCGGAAGCCCCGCGAGCGCCGCGGGAAGGCGACGGCGCCUGUUUGUUUUUAAAAUCGGGAGUGCGUGCAGGCGGCUGGAGUCCCGGAGGCGACCGAAGGCGGCGGCCCGCGGCGGAAGGGGGACAGCCAAGGCCGGAGCCCGGAGCCCGGGCAGGAGCUGGCUUCAGGGUUGAGACUGAAGGCCUGGUGAAGGUGGACCAAGAAGCCAGUCCUCCCUAGGAGGCCUCAGCUAAGGGGAGAAACCACCUGUCUUGCUCCAGAGUCUCCCGCCAAAGGUGCCAGGACCCUGUGGAGCAUCAUGAACUGGGAAGAGUAGCUGAGCCCCAGAGCCUCUCUGGAAGAGAAAGGAAGAAACAGCAGUUCUUUCUCCCAGUGUCCGACCUCAUCGUCCAGCGUCUUCCUCUGCCCCUGCUCUGCCCUCCCUGGCUCCUGGACUAGAGCCCAGCUUCCAGCAGGACGUUUCCCCAGGGUAUGGGCGACUGUUGAAGGGGAUCUCACUGCCAGGGCUUAGUUGGCCACAUCAUGAACCUCCAGGCCCAGCCCAAGGCUCAGAACAAGCGGAAGCGUUGCCUCUUCGGGGGCCAGGAACCAGCUCCCAAGGAGCAGCCCCCUCCCCUGCAGCCCCCCCAGCAGUCCAUCAGAGUGAAGGAGGAGCAGUACGUCGGGCACGAGGGUCCAGGAGGGGCAGUCUCCACCUCUCAGCCUGUGGAACUGCCCCCUCCCAGCAGCCUGGCCUUGCUGAACUCUGUGGUGUAUGGGCCUGAGCGGACCUCAGCAGCCAUGCUGUCCCAGCAGGUGGCCUCAGUAAAGUGGCCCAACUCUGUGAUGGCUCCAGGGCGGGGCCCGGAGCGUGGAGGAGGUGGGGGUGUCAGUGACAGCAGCUGGCAGCAGCAGCCAGGCCAACCUCCACCCCAUUCAACAUGGAACUGCCACAGUCUGUCCCUCUACAGUGCACCCAAGGGGAGCCCACAUCCUGGAGUGGGAGUCCCAACUUACUAUAACCACCCUGAGGCACUGAAGCGGGAGAAAGCGGGGGGCCCACAGCUGGACCGCUAUGUGCGGCCAAUGAUGCCACAGAAGGUGCAGCUGGAGGUAGGGCGGCCCCAGGCACCCCUGAAUUCUUUCCACGCAGCCAAGAAACCCCCAAACCAGUCGCUGCCCCUGCAACCCUUCCAGCUGGCAUUCGGCCACCAGGUGAACCGGCAGGUCUUCCGGCAGGGCCCACCGCCCCCAAACCCGGUGGCUGCCUUCCCUCCACAGAAGCAGCAGCAGCAGCAGCAACAGCAGCAGCAGCAGCAGCAGCAGCAGCAGGCAGCCCUACCCCAGAUGCCGCUCUUUGAGAACUUCUACUCCAUGCAGCAGCAACCCUCGCAGCAACCCCAGGACUUUGGCCUGCAGCCGGCUGGUCCACUGGGACAAUCCCACCUGGCUCACCACACCAUGGCACCCUACCCCUUCCCCCCCAACCCAGAUAUGAACCCAGAACUGCGCAAGGCCCUCCUGCAGGAGUCAGCCCCGCAGCCGGCGCUACCUCAGGUCCAGAUCCCCUUCCCCCGCCGCUCCCGCCGCCUCUCUAAGGAGGGUAUCCUGCCUCCCACCGCCCUGGAUGGGGCUGGCACCCAGCCUGGGCAGGAGCCAACUGGCAACCUGUUCCUACAUCACUGGCCCCUGCAGCAGCCGCUACCUGGCUCCCUGGGGCAGCCCCAUCCUGAAGCUCUGGGAUUCCCGCUGGAGCUGAGGGAGUCACAGCUACUGCCUGAUGGGGAGAGACUAGCACCCAAUGGCCGGGAGCGAGAGGCUCCUGCCAUGGGCAGCGAGGAGGGCAUGAGGGCAGUGAGCACAGGGGACUGUGGGCAGGUGCUACGGGGUGGAGUGAUCCAGAGCACGCGACGGAGGCGCCGGGCAUCCCAGGAGGCCAAUUUGCUGACCCUGGCCCAGAAGGCUGUGGAGCUGGCCUCACUGCAGAAUGCAAAGGAUGGCAGUGGCUCUGAAGAGAAGCGGAAAAGUGUAUUGGCCUCAACUACCAAGUGUGGGGUGGAGUUUUCUGAGCCUUCCUUAGCCACCAAGCGAGCACGAGAAGACAGUGGGAUGGUACCCCUCAUCAUCCCAGUGUCUGUGCCUGUGCGGACUGUGGACCCAACUGAGGCAGCCCAGGCUGGAGGUCUUGAUGAGGACGGGAAGGGUCCUGAACAGAACCCUGCUGAGCACAAGCCAUCAGUCAUCGUCACCCGCAGGCGGUCCACCCGAAUCCCCGGGACAGAUGCUCCAGCUCAGGCAGAGGACAUGAAUGUCAAGUUGGAGGGGGAGCCUUCCGUGCGGAAACCAAAGCAGCGGCCCAGGCCUGAGCCCCUCAUCAUCCCCACCAAGGCGGGCACUUUCAUCGCCCCUCCCGUCUACUCCAACAUCACCCCAUACCAGAGCCACCUGCGCUCUCCUGUGCGCCUAGCUGACCACCCCUCUGAGCGGAGCUUUGAGCUGCCUCCCUACACGCCGCCCCCCAUCCUCAGCCCUGUGCGGGAAGGCUCUGGCCUCUACUUCAAUGCCAUCAUAUCAACCAGCACCAUCCCUGCCCCUCCUCCCAUCACGCCUAAGAGUGCCCAUCGCACGCUGCUCCGGACUAGUGACAGGCUGCAGAGCCAGGACUCGGGUGCCUGUGUUCCCUGCGUGAGCUCUGUGUGUCACCGCUACAGUGCUGAAGUAACCCCGCCUGUCCUCUCUGUGAUGGGGGAGGCCACCCCAGUGAGCAUCGAGCCGCGGAUCAACGUGGGCUCCCGGUUCCAGGCGGAAAUCCCCUUGAUGAGGGACCGUGCCCUGGCAGCUGCAGAUCCCCACAAGGCUGACUUGGUGUGGCAGCCAUGGGAAGACCUAGAGAGCAGCCGGGAGAAGCAGAGGCAAGUGGAAGACCUGCUGACAGCCGCCUGCUCCAGCAUUUUCCCUGGUGCUGGCACCAACCAGGAGCUGGCCCUGCACUGUCUGCACGAGUCCAGGGGAGACAUCCUGGAAACGCUGAAUAAGCUGCUACUGAAGAAGCCCCUGCGGCCCCACAACCAUCCGCUGGCAACUUAUCACUACACAGGCUCUGACCAGUGGAAGAUGGCCGAGAGGAAGCUGUUCAACAAAGGCAUUGCCAUCUACAAGAAGGAUUUCUUCCUGGUGCAGAAGCUGAUCCAGACCAAGACCGUGGCCCAGUGCGUGGAGUUCUACUACACCUACAAGAAGCAGGUGAAAAUCGGCCGCAAUGGGACUCUAACCUUUGGGGAUGUGGAUACGAGCGAUGAGAAGUCGGCCCAGGAAGAGGUUGAAGUGGAUAUUAAGACUUCCCAAAAGUUCCCAAGGGUGCCUCCUCCCAGAAGAGAGUCCCCAAGUGAAGAGAGGCUGGAGCCCAAGAGGGAGGUGAAGGAGCCCAGGAAAGAGGGGGAGGAGGAGGUGCCAGAGAUCCAGGAGAAGGAGGAGCAGGAAGAGGGGCGAGAGCGCAGCAGGCGGGCAGCCGCAGUCAAAGCCACGCAGACACUACAGGCCAAUGAAUCGGCCAGUGACAUCCUCAUCCUCCGGAGCCACGAGUCCAACGCCCCUGGGUCUGCCGGUGGCCAGGCCUCGGAGAAGCCAAGGGAAGGGACAGGGAAGUCACGAAGGGCACUACCUUUUUCAGAGAAGAAGAAAAAAACAGAGACAUUCAGUAAGACCCAGAAUCAGGAGAACACUUUCCCCUGUAAAAAAUGUGGCAGGGUGUUUUACAAGGUGAAGAGUCGCAGUGCGCACAUGAAGAGCCACGCAGAGCAGGAGAAGAAGGCUGCAGCGCUGAGGCUGAAGGAGAAGGAGGCCGCCGCUGCCGCCGCCGCCGCCCACCAGCAGGCCCUGCGGGAGGAGAGCGGUGCGGGCGCGGGCGACAAGGGCUGAGCGCGGGAGCCAGGCUGGCCCAGUCCUGGGCCCCGGCCCUUCCCGCACCGCCGCCAGCUCCCGCAGACACCCUGGCAUCUCAAGAGGGAGUGAGGAGAGGAUUGCAGGGACUUUUCCCUGCGAAACAAAUGGGACAAUGAAAUAAACGGCUCUUUUAUUUA